AUGACCACUUACGUCCCCGAGUCACAAAAGGGUCGAUCCAUCGCUGUAUUCUGGAUAAUAUUCAAUCUCGGCGGUAUGAUCGGGUCUCUAGCCAGCUUUGGCUUAAACUACCAUUCCGAAGAAGGCUCGGUGUCGAAUAGUACGUACAUUGCGACGAUGGUAAUUAUGAUGUUUGGGUGGGUGAUUGGUGUCUUCAUCUGUCCUCCGUCCCGCAUCAAGCUAUUACAGCUACACGAGGCGGAAUCCAGCGUCAUCCAUCAAUCUAUAGGUAAAAGGUUAAUGAAUAUACUUCAUGCCCUCCUGCAGGUGCGGGUUCUCUGCAUCCUACCGCUCUUCUUCUGUGCGAACGUGUACUACUCCUACCAACAGAAUAACGUCAACGGAACGACAUUCAAUAUCCGAACUCGAUCGCUUAACUCGGCCAUAUAUUGGAUGGCACAGAUGUUUGGCGGCCUAUUCAUGGGCUUUCUUCUUGAUUUCGCCUAUUUUAACCGUCGACAGCGCGCGUGGCUUGGCUGGGCGACGCUUAUGAUAACCGGAAUGGCGAUUUGGGGGGGCGGACUUGCGUUCCAACGCUGGGAAGAUGAGAGACUUGCGCGCGGCCUGAAGCAGGAUAUCGACUAUGCUCGUGACGCAGGUAUUGCUACGGGGCCGAUAUGGUUGUUUUUCUUCUACGGGUCGUAUGAUGCGUUGUGGCAGGGGUACUGUUACUGGUUGAUUGGUACGAUGUCGAACUCUGCGGCUGUGGCUGCCGUGUUGGUAGGUGCGUACAAGACGUUCCAGGCUGCGGGGGGAGCGAUGGCUUGGAGAAUUAAUGCGCUUAAUGCGGCGCCGAUAACGCAGUUGGCGAUGGACUGGGGUCUGUGUAUCGGGGCGUUGGUGGUGGCUAUUCCAACGGUUUGGAUGGUUACUUUGACUAGUGUUGACGACGGGCUGACGGUAACGGAUGAGAAGAAAGUAGACGAAGAUGAUAAAUAG